AUGUACUACGUCGUCUUCCAGGGCACCGAAAAAGAGGGCAAAGCAGCUAUCUCUGAGCAAUACUACAAUACCCUCGUGCCCUUGCUCAAGGCCAGUCCCGGAUUCAUCAAGGAAACUGGGUUUGCAGCCGUGCAUAAAGAGAGGUUAACAGUCCUGGUAGCAAGUUUCGAAGAUGAAGAUGCAAUAAAGCGCUGGCGAAACGAACCUACACAUCUCAGGAUCCAGGGCAACGCGGCCCAUGGGGUCUACGAGGACUAUCACAUCCGUAUCGGCCCUCUUCUGGACUCGGACGACCAACAAGCAACUCGGAAUGAAGGGGAAGUAGAGCAGUGCAUCCUGCUGUACUAUCGUGACAGCUUCGAGGGCACACCGGCCGACAGUAUAAUGUCAUUGUUAGAUAUGGGCGAUGCUGCGAAAGAGAUAUCGGAAGACCUGCUUGACUCUUCUGUUUACGAAGGGCCUCAGACCCUUUGGAUUUCGGCUUGGAAGUCGGGGGCUGCUGCGCGCAGGUUCGCGGAACUGCUGCCUCGUACUCCUGGCGAGGAGGUCAAAUUCAUUCUUGUGAAGAGGGAUUAUAGCCAGGUCGUUCGAAAGGAAGCGCCCAGCGAGACUGCAGGUGGGGAACAGAAGGUGUAA